AUGGAGGCCAACGUGACCAUCGAGAAAGUUCAGAAGGGACUCAAAGACUACCUCGAGACCAAGAGGUUGUAUUUUCCGCGGUUCUUCUUCUUGAACGAUGCCGACCUGCUGUCCAUUUUGGCAGAGACCAAGGAUCCAACUCUGGUGCAACCUCACUUGAACAAAGCCUUCGAAGGCAUUGCAAAGGUUCGCUUUGAUUCCAAGAAUGAAGUCAUUGAAGCAAUGACCAGUGGAGAGGGUGAAACCGUGGACUUCACCAACAAAGUGGAUGUCAUGAAGCCGGGCAACGUUGGUGCUGUGGAGUGUUGGCUCGUUGAAGUGGAGGAGUCGAUGAUGGACAUCCUGCGAGAGGUCACGGACAAGUCCAACAAAGCGUAUCCCAGUGCCGACCGCGUCAAGUGGUGCUGUGAAUGGCCUGGACAGGUGGUGUUGGCUACAGACAUGAUCUUCUGGACACAGGAGGUCACAUCGGCUCUGAAGUCUGGAAGCAUUGCAGAGUACGAAAAGAAGCUCUUCAAGCAGCUCGAAGACAUUGUGGUCCUGGUGCGAGGACAGAUGACCAAGCUGAAUCGUGUCACCGUCGGCGCAAUGGUGACCCUGGAUGUCCAUGCCAGAGAUGAG